ACAGACAAAGACAACUUACACUAAGCAGACUUCAGAUUUUGAUUCGGCUUAUCAUAUACAGCAAACACUACUUUAAAUACUAACUUUUCUAAAUUAAAUCACCUUAUAGUAAUGGCCUCUAACACAUUCACCGACGAGGGUGCAUUCAAGACCCCUAAAACCGCCCGAGUGAAGCGCCUCGGAAGCAACGGAGGCACCCCCAUCGCCAUCCCUGCUUCACCUUUCAUGAAGAAGUUGGGGUGUGGGACUGGAGUCAAUGUUUACCUCAUGAACAGAAUGGAGAAGCUGAAUGCAUCUCCCUGGGCUGUGAAGAAGAUCAACAGCAAAUGUGCAUCGAAGCAGGUGGCUGUUUACCAGAAGCGCCUGAACGAGGAGGCAAAGGUCCUGAAGGGAAUCAAUCAUCCAAACAUUGUUGGUUUCCGUGCCUUCGCCACAGCCAAAGACGGCUCCAAGUGUCUGGCCAUGGAGUAUGGAGGAGAGCAGUCCCUCAAUGACCUCAUAGAGAAGAGGAGAGAGGACGGCCUCAAAGCUUUCCCUGCAGCCAACAUAGAAAAAGUGGCGCUGCAUGUGGCUCGUGGUCUGCAGUAUCUUCACAAUGAGAAGAAGCUGCUGCACGGCGACAUGAAGUCCUGUAACGUGGUCAUUAAAGGCGACUUUGAGACCGUCAAGAUCUGUGACGUUGGUGUGUCUCUGCAGCUGGAUGAGAACAUGAGAGUGUCAGAUCCAAAGGCGGACUACAUCGGCACAGAGCCGUGGAAGCCAAAGGAGGCUCUGGAGGAGGGAGGAGAGAUCAGCGACAAGGCUGACAUCUUCGCCUAUGGUCUGACUCUGUGGGAGAUGAUGUCACUGGCUAUGCCUCAUCUGGAGAUGCUGGAGGGUUACGACCAUGAGGAAGAUGAAGAUGACUCGGUGGAGGAGAGUUUUGAUGAGGACGCCUAUUACGAGAGGUUGGGGACGAGGCCGGCGCUGGAUACCGAGGCUCUGGGCAGCUCGUACAGGAGGAUGGUGGAGCUCUUCUGUCUCUGCACAGAGGAAGAGCCCAAGAAGAGACCCUCAGCCGCCCAGAUCGUCCAGGCUUUAGAGAGCAACGCCCCGCUGGAGAAAACACCUGCUGAGGUGAUUGUUAUUGACUGAUUUACACAGCUAAUUCAGAAUUUUCGUCAAAGAUUUAUAUGGAGGGAAUCCCCUGUCCAUGUUUUCCUAUUUUCCAGUUUGUUUGGGAGAUUUUUUGUUCUAAUUUAGCAACAAAAAAAAACUACAGCUGAGUGACGGGUGAAAGUGUCAGUUGAUGGAGCAUCAGAGGCUGGCUGUAAUCUCUACUGUACAUCUUUGUAUGUUGUCUUUUCUCUCCUGUACUGUCCACUUUUGUUGUGUAAAUGUUCGUUUGUUUUUUUUUACUUUCAUUUCUUGUCACUUUCUCUUGAAGUUUUUUCUAAAUAUCUUUCUACCUUCAAUCUUUGGUAAAAUUAUUUUAUAUCACUUGGUCAAACUUGAAUUUUUGUCACUAAAUUAGAGUAAAAUCCCACA